AUGGGGACAGCAUUCUUUCGAGGAAUUGCUGGAGAACGUUUUGCAGUUCGUAAUUCUGGUGCUACUUCUGGCAUCGAAGGUGUUAGUGAUCAUGGUUGUGAAUACAUGGCUAGUGGACGUGUUAUUAUUCUUUGUGGAAUUGGGAAGAACUUUGCUGGUGCGUUGAUCGGUGUAUUGUCAGAGAAACUUGAAGUAAAUUUAUAG